AUGACAAAUUUUGUGUCCAGAAAUAAAGCUGCUCAGAUGCAUGGCAGAGAUGGUGGGGAGAUGUCUACUCGUGACUUGCAAAAGAUGGUUCAAGCAUUGCCACAAUAUAAUGAACAAAUGGACAAACUAUCCCUCCAUGUUGAUCUUGCUGGAAAGAUUAAUGGUAUUAUCAUGGAGAUGGGGCUUAGAGACGUGGGGAAAUUAGAGCAAGACCUUGUCUUUGGAGAUGCAGGAACAAAAGAUAUCAUUAAGUUUCUCAAAGAACAAGAUGCAACAGAUGAACAAAAGAUCCGAUUAUUAAUGAUAUAUGUAGCAACUCAUCCCGAGAAAUUUGAGACUGAUAAACUUGCAAAGAUAUUGGAGCAAAUUUGCUUCCUGAAGAUAUGA